AUGCAAGGGAACCGCGACGGCUCGUGGUCUCUCGGCGGCUCAGGGAGCAGUGGAACCGGCAGAGGUAACGGAAACAAUAACGGCGUCCCCGGUGGAUAUCUUCCUAGUGUGAAUCCUUUGUAUUCCAGUUUCAAUCUCCAACAGCAACCCAAUAUAUACCCUAUACCUCAGUUUCCGGCGAGUUAUUACCGCCCUAAUUUCCCCGAUUACUCCUCCUUCCCCCUCGGAAACCCAAAUUUCCAAACCCAGCAGAAUCUCAACUUCCUCCAUCCACAAAUCCCUCACCAAUUUGGCGGUGGCUCUAAUGUUUACCUUCAAAACCAGUCACAGAGCUUCUCUUUCCCUCCUCAGUCUCUUCCUAAUAAUGACGUCAGUAGCUCUCAGAACCGUGGUGGAGGAAGCGGAGCUUUAGAGAGCUCCUCCUUGAAACGAAGGCGUCAAGAGGUGAUUCAGGGGACUGAUGUGGUCGUCAAGGAGACUCCGAAAUCGAAUUCGAUCAGCGUACCUAUACCGGUUCCUACUCGUGUAGGCAAUGACGAUAGUGGCGUCUCUCGAAUCCAUGGAGGAAAGGGAUCUUCGGAGAAGUCUUCCUCAAAGCCAAAGCACAAAGUAGAAGUCAUGCGGAUUAACAAGGCCGUCAUCAACACGCGUAAAUCAAUGAUCGCUGCUGGAGAGAGCGUUGCUUCGACUAGAGUCUCGAGAUCGGUUCUUGAGGAACUCGAGGCUGAUUCUUGGCGUUCCAUGGGCGUGCAAAUGCAAGAUGUUCCUUCCCUUCGUCAACUUAUGGCCCUUGAAGGCAAGAUUAAUGCAUUUAUCCACUGCUAUGUUGGGGCUAGAAAAAUCGUGACCCUGCAUGAUUUGGAAGUGGCAAUUUGUCGAAACGAGUUUGUUGAUUCUUUCGAUGAUCUGGAGUUGGGACCUUUGCUGCAGCAUCCACUCGUUUUGCUCUAUUUUCCAUCCAUAGCCAGCUCUACUGGCCUAGUUCAGAUCACUACUGAGGAGAUACUAUCAUUGCUUGACAGCUAUAUGUACACUUACAUAACAAAAGACGUUAAGGUCGAUCACUUCCUGAAUUUUGUUGCUUCGCAAAAAUCAGUAUCAAGCAAGGAAAAGCUUGGUGUGCGUAUUCAGAGCUUGGGGAUGUAUGCAUCUUUUAUUCAAGACGCAAAGAGACAAGAAGGUGAAGCAUUGAAGAUCUUACUGACUGAAGUGCAUCAGAAGUAUCACAUCCCCUCAUCAAAGAAACAGCCGCAACAAAAAUCUCUUACGGUCUCUGAGCGUGCUGACUCGUUUGUUUUACAACAUAAGGAUUAUUGUGGCAAGCAUAUUAGAUUUAAUUCAUCAAGUUCAGAUGACAAUGAUAGUGCUGAUGAUGAAGUUGAGUAUGUUAAUAAUUCUGACCAUGUUAGUAGUUGUCCGUAUCCAUCUGCUACGGAAGAGAUGAAGCGGCUUGGGGGAUCCAAUAAGAAAAGGAAGACUAAAAGUCAUAAUCAUGAAAAAUCCGAUUCGUCCAAAGGGCUUAGAAAAGGCUCCUCUAAAUUACAUAAAGGACAUGCAAAAGAAGAGAUUCCUAAAUCGGCUGACGAUUCUGAUGCUAAACAGGUUUUUGGUGUCAAUGAGGCUGAUUUCACGCUUUCUGAAGGAUGUUUGAGCAAGUUCAUUUCACUUUGGAAGGAGCAAUGUAAAGAGCUAACCAUUUCAACGUUUGUCGAGAAAAUGCUGUCCUAUUACAACUUGGGGGACUCGAUAGGACCAUCUCAGAAUAAAAGAGCUAAAACGAUGUCAUCAUUUCCAUUUGUUGGAUUACUAAAUAUCGCUGUAACCUCAAUGAGACGUGGAAACUGUGAUAGCAUAUAUGAUGCUUUGCAAAUAGCGAGCCAAAGUGAUAUUAGUAAUCCAGGCUCAGGAAAUCAAGUAGAUGAUAUUAAGCCAAGUGAAAACGAUGAGUUAAACAAAACUCAGCAUGUUGUCCCUCCAAAACACAGUAAUACUGUUGAAGAAAUUAUCAGAAAGAUUUCGUUGUAUUUUGAGUGUGAUCUUUCUAGAGAGAAGCAUAUUACUAUCUUUAGGAAGCUACAAACUUGCGAGGUUCAGUUGGCAGAGCAAUUUCAAGUACCCGAUUUUGAGUCUCUUGGUUGGGGUGAGUUUUUCACUUUCUUGGAAAAACAUAUGUCGCUGCUACCAACACAACUUCAAAGGUUUCUAGCUCGAGAAUUACGGGAAGAUUCUCCUCUGGAGGUCCACGUGAAUGAGAAUCUGUUGACCCCAUUGCUAUCGCAAGCUUCGGAAUUCUCAGGUGGUAAGGUAGUAUCUAGGCAGAUGCUAGCUCGACUGCUUGCAGAACAAUUUCCAUCAAUCAAUUUGAAGGUGUUAGGAAAAAAUUUAGAGGAAAAUUUCACUGAAAUCAUUGGUAGCUACGAGAAGAAAUCCGGUUCUAAAUGUGUCGUCUUUUCUGCAACAUUGUUGGGAGCUGAAAACUCUUUGACCGGUAAGGAUUUACAAGAAUCCCUGACCGUGGGAAAUGAUACUGAAUCAAGAAGCACUCCUCUCACUGCUGUUUCAUUCAAAGAAGUUUUAGAUGUUUUGCUUAGGGUUCCGUUGUUGUCAGACUUGAACUCAUGGUGUCACUGGGAUCUUAGGUUUGCUCCAUCCUUUGGUCCUCUUAUGGGAUGUUUGAAUGAGAUUAAUUCAAAAGAUCUGCUGUGUCUAGUGACAAGGGAUGGUAAAAUUAUCCGGACAGAUCCUUCUGCAACAGCAGAUUCCUUCUUAGAGGCUGCGCUUCAAGGAUCUGCUUACCGUACAGCUGCACAGUUGUUGUCGUUGAUAUCAUUGAAUGGACGAACACAUCUACCAUUUUCCCUUCUAAAAUGCUAUGCCAAACGUGCAUUUGAAGUAUUUUUGGACAACCAUCUAAAGGAGAUGGAGCUUUAUGAUGGAAAUUCUCUUGUGCACAUGCGUGAGCCAGUUAAUCUCAGUGCUUCCUUGGACAAAACGGUAGUUGUCGAACAGAAAACUAAAGUGGAGAAAAGUGAUUAUGCUGCCUCAAAGUUUCUUCUUGAUUGUCUGGGCUAUCUACCUGCGGAGUUUCGCAGUUUAGCUGUUGAUGUCUUGCUAUCGGGGCUACGUUCUGUUGUUAAAGAUGCGCCUACAAGAGUUUUAUCUGCAUGUGAGCACACAGAGCAACGCAUUAUGUUGCAUGAUGCUGGAUUGCUGCUAGGAAUUGUUAAAUGGAUUAGUGAUUACAAUACGUUUUCUGCUCCUGUUCCGUCGAACACUGCAAUAGUGGAAAAUGCUUCGUCUGACUUGGGUUCUGGCACAGGUUGUGUGCAAAAAGAAUCGGAGGACCUAACCUCUACCGAACAAAGAUGCAUGAUCGCAUCAGAGGAGAAGUCGUGUGAAGAUAAUACAGAACCUCAUGAGCCUUGUCCCACGUUUGGCGGUGCUGGGGCUUUAUGUGAUGGUGUGGGGGAGACCGUCACCCAGACUGUUCUUGAGUUUCAUGAUAAUCCAGCCUCUGUUAUUGAUUUAAUCAGACGCGAUGAGUUUGGGCUGGAUUCAAGUUCUUCUGGUGCUGAGAUGAGUAUGCUGCAGAAACAACAUGCUCGAUUAGGAAGAGCACUACAGUGUUUGUCCCAGGAGUUGUAUUCUCAAGAUUCACACUUUAUUCUUGAACUCGUUCAAAAUGCUGAUGACAAUAAGUACCCUGAACAUGUGGAACCCACACUCACGUUCAUUCUUCAAAAGACUGGCAUUGUUGUUUUAAACAACGAGUGUGGCUUCAUGCCUGAGAACAUUCGGGCUCUGUGUGAUGUUGGUCGAUCAACAAAGAAAGGAUCUGGUGGAUACAUAGGAAAGAAAGGAAUUGGCUUCAAGUCAGUGUUUCGGGUUUCUGAUGCACCUGAGAUCCACUCAAAUGGUUUCCAUAUCAAGUUUGAUAUAAGUGAGGGUCAGAUUGGAUACAUUUUACCGACUGUUGUACCUCCUCAUGAUAUUGAAUCAAUUUCCAGCAUGUUAUCUGACCGUGCUUUAGAACUGAAGGAUGCAAGAUGGAACACUUGUAUUACACUUCCUUUCAGAGCCGCUGACUCCGAUUCCGAAAGAACGACAGUGAACCACAUUGAGCCUAUGUUUUCAGACCUUCAUCCUUCUUUAUUACUCUUCCUACAUCGCCUCCAGUGCUUAGUAUACAGAAACAUGCUUGACGAUUCUCUCUUGGUCAUGAGGAAAGAGGUUGUGAGUGAGCAUAUCGUCAAGGUUUCAUGUGGAGAAAACAGCAUGACAUGGUUUGUGGCAUCAGAGAAAUUAAAGGCUGCCAAUCUUCGUGAUGGCGUUCAGGCAACAGAGAUUUCCAUAGGAUUUACUCUUGAUUUACUGGAAGAUGGAACUUACAGAUCAUGUAUGAUUCAAGAACCUGUUUUUGCUUUUCUUCCUCUUAGAACUUAUGGUUUGAAAUUUAUCUUACAAGGGGAUUUCAUUCUAACAUCAUCAAGGGAGGAUGUUGAUGAGGAUAGUCCUUGGAACCAGUGGUUGUUGUCAGAAUUUCCAGGUUUGUUUGUGGGUGCUCUGAGGUCCUUUUGCAGUCUUCCUUCUUUGAACCAGAAUCUGGGUAAAGCUGUGUCCUCGUAUAUGCAGCUUGUACCUCUCGUCGGGGAAGUGCAUGGGUUCUUUUCUUCUCUCCCUCGUUCUAUCAUAUCUAGAUUGAGAACAACCAAUUGCUUGCUGCUUGAGGGAGACAGUGAACAAUGGGUUCCUCCUUGCCAGGUUUUAAGAAACUGGAAUGAAAAGAUAAGGAUUCUUCUAAAGGAUGGAUUGCUUCAGGAGCAUCUUGCUCUGGGUUUUCUGGACAAAGAUAUAGUUUUGUCAGAUUCGCUGUCAAGGGCACUGGGCAUUGAAGACUAUGGACCUAAGAUUCUGGUGCAGAUUCUUUCUUCAUUGAGUCACAAGAAAGAUUGUCUGCAAUCAAUGGGCUUUGCGUGGUUAUCGUCUGUUCUUACUGAACUUUACACACUAUUCCGUUCUUCUGGGCAUGGUAACGCAGAGUUAGGUAUAGAUAAGACUCUUAUAGAAGGCCUUCAUAAGAUUCCAUUUAUUCCCCUGUCAAAUGGUAAGUUCACCUCUUUAGAUGAAGGCGCAGUAUGGUUGCACCAUGACUCCUCUGGGUUUGAUCUUGGUGAUGUAUCUGAAGCAUUUCCUAUGUUAUAUGGAAAUCUCCGAACCAUUGAUCAUUCCUUUCUUUUGGCGUCUUCUGUUGAUGAAAAAUCUGCUGUGGAUGACCUUGUAAACAUGCUUUGUGCAAUUGGCGUUCAAAAGCUGUCGGCACAUGAAAUCAUCAAGGUGCAUAUAUUACCAGCCUUUGAGGCGAAAAGUAGAGCUACACUGGAGGGUCUGAUGGUAGAUUACUUAUGCUUUGUGAUGACACAUCUACGAUCUGGCUGCCAUGUGUGUCAUAAUGAGAGGAAGUACAUUAUUUCUGAGUUAAGAAGCAAAGCUCUGAUAUUAUCGAAUUAUGGGUUGAAACAGCUAGCUGAGGCGUCGAUUCAUUUCGGUGAAGAAUUUGGAAACCAGGUUAACAUGAAGAAGCUUACCAAGAACUUGGAUAUAACGUGGCAUGUGGUUGAUGGUACCUACUUGAAACAUCCAGCAUCAAAAUAUUAUGCAUGCGGGUUGAAGGAGUGGCGGGAAUUUUUCCAAGAGAUAGGGAUAGUUGAUUUUGUUCAAGUGGUUCAAGUUGAAAAGAGCAUUGCUGAAUUCUAUUCUGUUUCACGUUGUGAAAAGUUUGAUACGACCUUGUUACCUCCCGAGUUAGCUGUUAGAGACUGGGAAUCCCCGGAACUAGUUGAUCUCUUGUCUCUUUUGCACAAAAGUAAUGGCCGCAAAGGUUGCAAGUACCUUUUGGAAGUCCUGGAUAGAUUGUGGGAUGAUUGCUACCAUGACAAAACAACUGUUACUUUUAAUUCCGGUGGGGAUGGUGUCAUCAGAUCGUCACAAUCUUCAUUUCUGAGGCCAAUUUGUGAAUCUCAAUGGAUAGUUUCAUGCAUGGACGACGAAUUGCAUCUUGCGAAAGACCUCUAUCAUGAUUGUGAUGAUGUGCGAUCAAUACUUGGCAUGAAUGCGCCGUAUGCAGUUCCGAAGGUUACAAGUGUCAAGUUACUUAAUGAUAUUGGUUUCAAGACCAAAGUUUGCCUCGAUGAUGCUUUGGAAAUCCUAGAAGCUUGGGUACACUGUGGAGAUUCUUUCAAAUCAAGCAUCUCUCAGGUUACCAGAUUUUACAAAUUUUUGUGGAAUGAAAUGGCUGAUUCGAAGCAGAAAAUUACUGAAAAGCUCCAUGCUUUCCCUUCUGUAUUUGUGCCACACAAAAUUGGAAGUAGGCAGAAUGAUAUAAUAUCCGGAAUAUUCUUGUCACUUGAUGAUGUUUACUGGAAUGAUUCUGCUGGCGUUUUAGAAGAGAUAAAAGAGAUCAGUUCGCAGAUCAGCAGUGUUGUGGAAUCAUUGCAUAGAAAAACAUUGUGCAAUAUCUAUCCAGGUCUCCAUGACUUUUUUGUGAAUGGGUGUGGAGUACCUGAGACGCCUUCUUUCCAAGAGUACCUUAAAAUUCUGGGGCAAUUCGCACACUAUGUGUCGCCCUCAUGUGCUGCCAAGGCUGUCUCCAAAAUUUUCCUGAAGUGGAGUGAUGACUUGAAAUCUGGAAAAUCUACUGAAGAUGUUGUUCAUUUUAAAGAGAGACUUUCAGAACUCGAAUACGCUGUGCUUCCUACUGAAAGUGAUAAGUGGGUUUCCUUACACUCCUCGUUCGGUCUCGUAUGCUGGUGUGAUGAUGAGAAGUUAAAGAAGAGAUUCAAAAAGAAGGAUAAUAUUCAGUUUAUUUACUUUGGGGAAAAUGCUGACGAAGAGCAAGAAGUGCUUCAAACAAAAGUAUCUGUGCUGAUGCACAGCUUGGGCAUUCCAAGUAUUUCUGAGGUGGUAAAGCGUGAAGCGAUAUAUGAAGGUUUGCAAGAUAAUAGUGUAACAGUGUCACUUGUGAACUGGUCUCUUCCUUAUGCGCAGCGAUAUCUCUUUACUCUACAUCAUGAGAAGUAUAACCAAACAAAAAAGACUGUUUAUAGUCAAGUCAAGCGUCUACAAGUCUUUGUUGUUGAGAAGUUAUGCUAUAAAAAUGUCAUACCGCAAUAUGACAUUAGCUCUAAAAAGGAGUUUGAAUGCAGCUCUCUUCUGCAGGAUAAAUCUCUGUACACAACACCGUGUCUGGAUUCCCAUUCCUUGUUCAUGGAACUGUCUCGUUUAUUUUUCAACGGAGUUCCUGAUCUGCAUUUGGCGAAUUUCCUUCACUUGAUCAAAACAAUGGCAGAAUCUGGUAUGGGCGAGGAGCAAAUGGAAUCAUUCAUUUUGAACAGUCAAAAAGUUCAGAAGAUUCCUGAUGAUGAGGAGAUCUGGUCCCUCAAAUCUGCUCUUAAAGCCAAGAAGAAAGCUGGAAUAAGCUUGAGCUGGGUACCUUCAACUUCCAAACCACGCCACGGUUCUAACGAGCCUCACAUUGAUGACUCUAAACAAGAACUGGCCUCCGGUCAUGUUAGUAGUAGCGAAGAGAAUGUAACAGAGGCGCUUGAGGAACAAGUAUCGACUGGUACAAACUUGGCUGCUGGAUAUGAUAACAGUGCAGGCACAAGUUCACUAGCUAUCCAGCCAAACCCAUUGCAUUCUUUGCAAAUGAAGACUGGCUCAGCCUCAGGGAAUCAACCUUCUUUUAACUUCAAUCCAAACCUUCUUCAUGAUUGGAACAACUCCGUCUCAGCUAACUUCAGCGAAAGAGAUCAACUUCAUACAGGCACACCUUGGGCUGCACAGGCACAACAGACAGGUAGAAAAGGCGAAGAAAUCGCUUACAGAUACUUCUUGGCAACACACAGUAAGGAGGCUAACGUUAGAUGGGUUAACGAGCAUAGCGAAACCGGUUUACCUUACGACCUAUUGCUCGAAUACCCUGGUGGUAAGCUAGAGUACGUGGAGGUGAAAGCAACAGUGUCUACGCGGAAAGAUUACUUCAACUUGACAGUGAGGGAAUGGCAAUUUGCAAAUGAGAAAUGUGAGGGUUACAUAAUUGCUCAUGUUUUGUUGGGAAACAGUAAUGCAAUCCUUACACAGCAUAGGAACCCUGUCAAGUUGUGCCAAGAAGGUCUUCUCCGGUUAUUGAUUCUCAUGCCUAACCAGCGAAACGAGGUCAAUGUUGCGUUUUAA